CAAAUAACAGCCAUGUCUAGAUUACGGGUCAGAUAGGAGACCGUCGGUUUUAAUCUGGUUGACUUCAGUGUGGUUUAUUUCAGCGUUACACCUCUGAGGAUCCACGCAGGGUAAAAGCUGAGAUCUGUAGAGGGACGCCGACGGACUGUGAACGCUCCCCGACGGCUUCAUCUGCGACUUUUAUCCGCACAAAAUCAGGAUGGUGUUAAUAAUUAGACGCUAGAAACGGCGGCAUGUGUUGAGCCCGUAAAAAAAAUAAUUAAAGGGUGUUUCCAGAGGAUCCCGGCUGCCAAACAGAACAGCUGCAGAUGUGAUUCCUGCUCGCUGCAGAGGCGGUGAAGGAAAAAAAAAAAAUCCAUCCAGAUGAUGUCAGGAAAGCAUUUCAAGGCUCACGAAGUGAGCUGCUGCAUCAAGUAUUUCAUUUUCGGAUUCAACAUUAUAUUCUGGUUCCUUGGAGUAGCGUUUCUUGCCAUUGGUUUGUGGGCAUGGAGUGAAAAGGGUGUUCUGUCCAACAUCUCAUCCAUCACUGACCUGGGGGGCUUUGACCCUGUCUGGCUCUUCCUUGUCGUGGGUGGUGUGAUGUUCAUUCUCGGGUUUGCUGGUUGCAUUGGAGCGCUGCGGGAAAACUCUUUCCUGCUCAAGUUUUUCUCCGUGUUUCUGGGCAUCAUUUUCUUUCUUGAGCUGACUGCUGGAGUCCUGGCCUUUGUCUUCAAAGACUGGAUCAAGGACCAGCUCAAUUUUUUCAUUAAUAACAACAUACGGGCCUACAGAGAUGACAUUGAUCUGCAGAACCUGAUCGACUUCACCCAGGAAUAUUGGGAGUGUUGUGGAGCUUUUGGGGCUGAUGACUGGAAUUUGAACAUCUACUUCAACUGUACUGAUUCAAACCCGAGUCGUGAGAAAUGUGGAGUGCCCUUUUCCUGCUGCACCAAAGAUCCAGCGGAGGACGUCAUUAACACUCAGUGUGGAUACGACAUCCGAGCAAAACCGGACUCUGACCAGAGGUCUUUCAUCUAUAUCAAAGGCUGCGUACCACAGUUUGAGAAGUGGCUUCAAGAUAACCUGACAGUGGUGGCAGGCAUAUUUAUUGGGAUUGCAUUACUGCAGAUUUUUGGCAUCUGUUUAGCGCAAAAUCUCGUGAGUGACAUCGAGGCUGUGAGAGAGAGCUGUUUGUUUACCUAAGACCUCCAGAGAGUUUUCAAAGGCAAGAAAGAUGUACAAGGACUCUGCGGCUCGGAUGCCAGCGUUGAAGGGAAGUACUUUAGUCAGCUAAAAUGUGCAGUAUGAAGAGUCUCGCUCAUAUGUAAAUAGUAAAUUUAGAAUUAUUUUUAGAGUUACUGUAUUUUAAAUGAAGCACCCCCCCUCUGAAAUAUACUACUAUACACACAAAAACAAUGCAAAAUAAUAUUUCAGUAUAAGCUACAGUUACAGUAAAGUCUGUGUUGAAGAAGCCAGGAAGAUAAUGUGUUUUGCCCAGAUAACAAGCGGAGACAGCGUUUCUCUGAGGUAGUGCUUCAUUUAGAAUAUGGUCUGUGGUUUUAUAUGUCUCACAGCUGCAGUUUUUUAACAGCUGCAUGUAAAGGGUGUGUACGAAGAUAAAAGUGAUUCUGGAAAUGCACUGCAUGCCUUUUGUCUCCUGAUAGGACAUCGGCUUCUAACUGUGUUAAGUAUUUUUAAGCAUUUGUAAAAUAGUAAUUUCGAGUGAAUCGGCUGGUUAGCACUUUGUUGAAUGUUUGAUGGAGUCUACUUAAGAGAACGAACUUUAGAUGUGGACACUGUUACAGAUUGCAGUUUGACUUAUGGGGGAUGUAGUCACCGUGUAGUUUCACGAAGAGACGUGAUGGAUGUGUUCGGCUUUGUAAACUUGCUUUUCUUGGAAAGAAUGACAAAAUAAUGUAAUACAUAUACUGACAGAAACCCAACAAUGUGGCAUCUAAUCAAAACUCAGCCUUAAGCACUUUAAUCUUCACAGAGGACAGAGGAUAAUGAAGUUCAUUUCAACUGUUCGGCUUUUUUUCAUGACAGACUGUUAUCUGGUCAAGCAGCAGCCACUGGAGGGGGCACUUUCCAUAAUAUGCUUAUGUAACAUCCUGGUACUUCAUAAGUGUCACCUUGAAAAUGGGUUUGGGGACAUUUUUAGUGUAGUUACCUUCUUUGCACACAAUCUUUUUGUCCAUUAGUGUUCUGUCAUACCGUCAUUAAUUUUCCUUUAUUUUUAGUUGUGGCCAGUGUGUUGAAAUCGUGAAAACCCUUAUUUGUUAGAUUUUUUCUUUUUUUUCUUUUACUGCUUGUUAGCACUUAAUUGAACAUAGAAGUAAAUUAUUUAAUCUCCAAACGCACAGUACUUGAAAGUAGAGCGCGCAAGCUCUGUCAUCAGCAUUUGUUUUUCAAAUUCAGUGAUAUUAAACAAUAACACAAAGUUUUCUCCUAACAGAGUGAAAAAAGCCAUUUAAUGUAAAGGACGUGUGAACCUGUGAACUUUUCCUCUGCAGCUGAUGACAAAAUGAUAUUAAUCAAUGUAUUUCUGGUUUCUACCAAGUGUAUAAUCUCAUACUGAGAAAAUGUUAGAAUGCCAAAAUGGUGUCAGAUAUCUGUUUACUUACCACUUAGUGCCAUAUUUGCGAUUUCUACAUACUCCCGAUUAUAACCACACUUUUCUUUCACGUGUACUCCUGAUUCUUGUAAAUGACUGGAUUGUGAUGAGAUGUAGAUACAUCUGAAUAAAUGUUGUUCUUUGUAUUA